CCGGGUCAUUCAAGAGCUCUCUUUUGGCGGACAUUUCGGUUGUAGGCAAGUUGCGUACACUGUUUGGCAUGGAAGUACUUCGCAAUUGAUUUGUAUUUAAAAAUAUUUCUAUUAUGCGUGGAUUAUACUAGUUUAUAUAUUUGAUAUAAAAUGAUAUCUGGCAGAUUAAAAAAUUUUCGCAAAGGAAUUGAAGAUGUACGUGAAGGAAAAGAGCAUGCCUUGGAAGCGAUUCGAAAAGAUUUAACUUCAAUACCAUAUAUCCCAGAACUUGCGAAAUUGGAUAAUUUACGCUCUCUAACUUUGGCUCAUAAUAAAAUUACAGAAAUACCUCAGGAAAUAUCAACAUUACAAGGAUUAGAACAUCUGAAUCUUUUUAACAAUUGCAUUGUGAAUAUCUCUCCGAAAAUUGUUGAGUUAACAUACUUACGAUCCUUAAAUCUUGGAAUGAAUAAACUCUCAGUUUUACCUCGUGGUUUUGGUGCAUUUCCAUCUCUUGAAAUUCUUGAUUUAACGUAUAAUAACUUACGUGAGACAAGUUUACCUGACAACUUUUUCAACUUGAUAACACUUCGGGCGUUAUAUCUGUCGGAUAAUGAUUUCGAACAUAUUCCACCAGGUAUUGGAAAACUUGUGAACUUAGAAAUAUUAGCUCUGCGAGAUAAUGAUCUUGUGUCUUUACCGGCUGAAAUGUGUUUGCUCACCCGGUUAAAAGAGCUUCAUCUUCAAAACAAUCGUCUUGCAGUACUACCUCCUGAAUUAGGUGUAUUAGAUCUUUGUGGACCUAAACAAGUGGCUAAACUGUCAGGUAAUGAUUGGGUUUCACCAAUUGAAGAUCAAUUACAAGUUGGACUUUCUCAUGUCUUUGACUACAUACGAUCUGAAACCUAUAAAUUCUUAUAUCAACGCCAUAUAGCUGCUGAUAAUAAACCAAGACCGAUAGCGGAUAAAUCAAAGAAAAUUAGUCGAAAAGUUCAAUAAAAAAAUAAUAAUAAUACCGCGCCAAUAGCAAGUACCCCACUGUGACGUGGUAGUAGUAUUUACACAAAUUUAUUUCAAUUCUAAGCAGACAGGUUUGAUGAAACCUGCGAAAACAAAACAGCUGAAUAUCUUUUACACAUCUACUUUUAAUUUGUAUUUUUCUUAUUUUGUUUGUUUUUAUUUUCUUCUAAAAAUGCUUUUUAUUUCUUUGCAGUUAUUAUGUAAUGAAUGACUUUGGAAUUUUUUUUAUAUGUAUUCUAACAAAGUGAUCAAAAUUCUGACACAUCUUGUUUUGGCUUUGCUUUGUUUAAAAGUAUAUAUAUAUAUAUAGGCAUACAUUUGUUAAAAAUGACAAAGGAAUUAUUAGUGGAAUUUAUCGUUUCUUUGUUUUAAAAUCUAUUUAUGCACUUCCUCAUUGUCGGCUGCUGUACUGCUUUGUUUUUCUACUCUACACACUAGUUUAUUUUUUAUUACUUUUACACAAGUUAUAUAUAUUGUUUUUAAUACUUUAGGGAUAAUGCAUAUUGUUCAUUUUUACAAGUAAUUUAUAUCAACGGCCAUCCAUUUUCGACCGGUGAUGGUCACUGCUUUUAUUUUCUUCUUUUCUUUUGACUUUGGUAGUUUGAUAAUUAAAAAUUUACUAAAGUUACUGAAUUCUCAAAGUAGUAGUUCAUCACUGUCCUGUGCCUCAAAUUCAUCAUCAUAUUUCAUAAUAUCUUCUGGUCUUUUACCUAGAAAAAACAAGCAACAGGAAAAGUUAUUAAUAUGAUAAUAUAUAUUUAUGAAUAAAUUUUUUUUAAAUUGC